AGCCUCUUCCCAGAAGUGAAAUCCAGCUGUUCUGUCUCUGGGUGUGAGAAAAGAAACUGACCAGAGGCAGCCCUUGGCAGCAAGGUGCUGGUGGGAGGGGAGAUCUGGGGCUGCUGGGACCCGCUCCCCCCAGGUCCUCCUCUGCCCCAGCUGAGCCGCCCCCGUCAGGAGACAGCUCUGGCCGGUGUAUAGGCAAAAAGUGAAACCGCUCCGUUUUUGUGACGGUCACAGCUCAGUUCGGGUGCGCAUGCUCAGUGCACCCAAAGUAGCAAAUUCUGAGAAGUUCGUGUUUUGCUCGCUACACCGGACCCCCCGGGACGCGCAGCCCGGUGUCCCCGGAGACGAGCAGCAUGGGGGGCUGGAGGACGGGCUGUGCCUUCAUGACAGUUGCCUUCUUCUUGGCCGCGGUUGCUCUGAUCGCCUGCCUGGUCUAUAUCUCCUCGGCCCCGACCCAUCUGCGGCAGUGCCAGGACCAGCUGGCUAAUGGCACCGCCGCGCUGACGGGGAAACUCACCGCGCUGGAGGAAGAGAAGGGGACGCUGGAAGAGCAGCAGGCCGGGGCGAGGGCAGAGCUGGCGGGGGCCAACCAGAGCCUCUGGGAGAUGCGUGCGCGCUGGGAGUCCUGCGGGAGCCUGACGGGUGUCCUGCAAAGCAACAUCACAGCCCUGCAGGAGGAAAUCACCCGGCUGGGAGGCAGAGAGACCGGAGGGGGACAAGGUGAAACUGACAUGCUCCGACAGCAGCUCCUCGAGGCUCAGCAGCAGAGAGAUAAACUCAAAGCUGAGGUCUGGCAGCUGGAGCAGCAGCUGUCCCAAAGCCCGAAGAAUCAGAGCUCUGGGGGAAGCAGCCUCUGGAUCCCCGUCGUGACCGGCUACCUGAGCCUACUGGCUCUGUCCCUCACUGAGAUCCUGCUCCUGUGAGAGGAACAGGUGUGGACAGGGCUGAGCAGGCAGCAGGGAGAGUGGAGAAACCCCAUCCCAUCCGGGAACACGCCGCACUGCAAAGCACAGCCAGCUCACCCCCCAGCCUCGAAACACUCGCAGGAGCUAGUCUAAGCUACCAUCUCGCUUGGCAAGUCUCCUGGAUCGUGCCUGGAGCCGGGUUCCUGCCCAGCCCGGGAGGACGCUGGGGAAAGGGUGAAGAUGCAGCGGGAUGGAGGGUGCAGGCAGAAUGGAGCAGCUUUGCCAAAGGCCCUGGAGUUUCCCGGCUGGAGAUCACUCCAAAUGAUGGUUACCCUGAGUGGGGUGAAGUCCCUGCUACUUUCUUAGGGGGUUUAUUUGUCUAAUAAA